AUGUCGCGCGGCAAACGAAGCCGUGCCCACAAGCAGGCUCAGGCCGAAAAGGCUGCUGCAGCCCGUGCCGAGCAGGCCGCGUCGGCCCCUCCUCGCCCGUCCGGCACCGCCAGGUUCCAACCCUCGUCCAACUACCUCGCCUACCAGCACCCGCCACCGCACCCAGCUGCUCCGCCGUACCCGUCGUACCCACCACACCACCCCGUGCCACCGCCCCAGCACGUCCUCGACGACGCCCUCGCCGGGUUGCAGCCCCUCGCCUCGUCAUCUGCCUCGCACUUCGACCCUCGCCUCCCGCCUCACGCACAACCGCCCGCCGCGUACGGCUACCCGCCACCUCGUCAGUCGGUCGCCUACUACGGCCCACCCCCGCCACAAGCCGACCCGGGCCCGAGUCGCUCCGCUUGGC